AUGGAAAUGACUUCGUCGUUUUUUGAACGGCUCGCUGAAAGAUGCAAAGCUAAGAAUUCUCUGCUGUGCGUGGGUUUGGACCCGCACAUUUCGGAGUUGCCCGAGCCCACUGCAGAGGCGGCUUAUAAGUUUUGUGAAAAUCUGGUGGAGCUCACGAAGGAUGUUGCGGUGGCCUACAAGCCCAAUGCUGCUUUCUUUGAGCAGUUUGGCGCCGCUGGGUGGCAACAGUUAGAGCGCCUCAUAGCCCACAUUAAGACCAGUACUAAGAAGACAGCGUUAGUGGUAGGGCAGUGUCCACGAUUUGGCCGUGAUGCGGUAUGGCAGAUCCUUGAUGCCAAACGUGGCGACAUUGGGAGUACAGCUGAGGCCUAUGCUAAGAGCGCCUAUGAAGUGUUGGGCGCUGACAGUAUCACAGUGAAUCCGUACAUGGGGAAGGACAGCAUGCAACCCUUCCUGGCUGCUGACCAGACUAAGGGUGUAUGGGCUCUCUGCAAGACUAGCAAUAAGGGGAGUGAUGAUAUACAGACAUGCACUCUAGGUGACGGUCGUCCUGUGUACCUCCACGUGGCCCAGGUAGCCCUGGAGGCAACGGAACGUGGUCCGGAUAGUGUUGGUCUGGUCGUUGGGGCCACUGAUAUCGAUGCUAUGAGGAGGCUCAGGCAGGCUCUGCCCUCUGGGGUUUGGAUUCUGGCUCCUGGAAUCGGGGCGCAGGGCGGCGACUUGGAAGCAGCAGUAGAGGCUGGUCUGGACCUACGCACGGGGAUGGGCAUCCUCUUCCCUGUUAGUCGGGGUAUCUCUAGGGCUGCGGAUCCGAGGGCAGCGGCGACGGAACUAAAUCGCCUUAUCAACGAGGCUAGGGCUAGGGUGAUGCCAUGA